UUCGGGCCCGGGCGCGGCCGCAGCCCCGGAGCCACCGGAACCCCCCGGGACCCCCGGAACCCCCGAGAACCCCACCGGGAACCCCCUGAGAGCCCCCAGAACCUCCGGGACCCCCGGGACCCCCGGGCCGGAGCAGCCCCGGGACCCCCGGGACCCCCCGGGACCCCCGGGCCGAGGGGAUGCGGCACCGCGGGGCCGGCUGAGGCUGCGGGCAUGGCGGGCGCCUCGGUGAAGGUGGCGGUGCGGGUGCGGCCCUUCAGCGCCCGGGAGAGCGGCCGCCAGGCCAAGUGCGUCAUCCAGAUGCGGGGCAACACCACCUGCAUCACCAACCCCAAGCUCCCCAAGGAUGGCACCAAGAGCUUCACCUUCGACCACUCCUACUGGUCCCACACCUCGGAGGAGGACCCCAACUUCGCCUCGCAGCGCCGGGUGUACCAGGACAUCGGGGAGGAGAUGCUGGAGCACGCCUUCCAGGGCUACAACGUCUGCAUCCUGGCCUACGGGCAGACGGGCGCCGGCAAGUCCUACACCAUGAUGGGGCGGCAGGAGCCGGGGCAGCGCGGCAUCAUCCCGCAGCUCUGCGAGGAUCUGUUCGCCCGCGUCGCCCGGGAGGGGUCACCUGAGGUCUCCUUCUCCGUGGAGGUCAGCUACCUGGAGAUCUACUGCGAGCGGGUGCGGGACCUGCUGAACCCCAAGAGCGGCGGGGCGCUGCGGGUGCGGGAGCACCCCCUGCUCGGGCCCUACGUGCAGGACCUGUCCCGCCUGGCCGUCGCCUCCUUCGCCGACAUCGCCGACCUCAUGGACAGCGGCAACAAGGCCAGGACGGUGGCGGCCACCAACAUGAACGAGACCAGCAGCCGCUCGCACGCCGUGUUCACCGUGGUGCUCGGCCAGCGCCGCCAGGACCCGCUCAGCGAGCUCAGCUCCGAGAAGGUCAGCCGCAUCAGCCUGGUGGACCUGGCGGGCAGCGAGCGCGCCGACGCCUCGGGGGCCAGGGGCGUGCGCCUCAAGGAAGGCGCCAACAUCAACAAGUCCCUGACCACGUUGGGCAAGGUCAUCUCCGCCCUGGCCGAGGCCGCCAGCAAGAAGAAGAAGCCAGAUUUCAUCCCGUACCGCGACUCGGUGCUGACCUGGCUGCUGAAGGAGAACCUGGGAGGGAACUCGCGCACGGCCAUGAUCGCCGCGCUGAGCCCGGCCGACUGCAGCUACGAGGAGACGCUGAGCACGCUGCGCUACGCCGACCGCACGAAGCGGAUCCGGUGCCACGCGGUGAUCAACGAGGACCCGAACGCGCGGCUGAUCCGCGAGCUGCGCCGGGAGGUGGCGCGGCUGCGCCGGCUGCUGGGGGCCCAGGGUCUCCCCGAGACCCCCCAGUCUGGCCCCGCCCCCCCUGAGCCCCCCACCCUCAAUGGGGAGCCCCCCAUGGGCCCCACCGAGGCCAUGGAGCGGCUGCAGGAGACGGAGAAAAUCAUCGCCGAGCUCAACGAGACCUGGGAGGAGAAGCUGAGGCGCACGGAGGCGCUGAGGCUGGAGCGGGAGGCGCAGCUGGCUGAGAUGGGGGUGGCUCUGCGCGAGGACGGCGGCACCGUGGGCGUCUUCUCCCCCAAAAAGACCCCGCACCUGGUGAACCUCAACGAGGACCCGCUGAUGUCCGAGUGCCUCCUGUACCACAUCAAGGACGGCGUCACCAGGGUGGGCCGGGUGGACGUGGACAUCAAGCUGUCGGGGCCGUCCAUCCGCGAGCAGCACUGCCUCUUCCGCAGCCGCCCCGACCCCUCGGGGGAAGCCGUGGUGACGCUGGAGCCGUGCCAGGGCGCCGAGACCUACGUCAACGGCAAGCAGGUGACGGAGCCGGUGGUGCUCAAGUCGGGCCACCGGCUGAUCCUGGGCAAGACCACGUGUUUCCGCUUCACGCACCCGGAGCAGGCGCGGCGCGAGCGCGAGCGGGGCGUCCCCGGGCCCCCCCCGGACUGGAACCUGGCGCAGAGGGAGCUGCUGGAGCAGCAGGGCAUCGACAUGCGCCUGCAGAGGCUGCAGGAGCUGGAGAACCAGCCCCAGGGGGAGAAGGAAGCGUCGGAGCAGGCGCAGGUGUCCCCUGGAGUGUCUAUGACCAUCCUGGAUGUGUCCUGGUGGCAUUCUGGGUGCCCCAUGACCAUCCUGGACCACCCCGGGGGUGUUUUAGCCCCCGUGCCCGGGCCGCCGCGGUGCUACGAGGCGGGCUGGCAGCUGCUCUCCUCGCUGCGCCAGGCGCUGACCCGCGCCCGCCGUGCGCUCGGCGCUGCGCCGCGCCGGGCCUGGCGCUGCCGGGCAAGCGCCGCGAGCCGCUGCGCGUCUACCAGAUCCCGCAGCGCCGCCACGCCUCGCCGCCUUCCUCGCCACCACCCUCAUCCUCCCUCGUCCUCGUCCUCGUGGGUGACCAUGGCGGAGCUGAAGGCGCAGGCCGUGCGGGAGCUGAGCCUGGAGCUGGCGCUGCGCGAGCGGCGGCCGGCGCGGCGCGAGCUGGAGGCGCUGAGCCUGGCGCGGCUGCGGGAGCUCUGCCGCCGCCACGGCAAGCGCCAGCCCGGCCGCCGCGACGGCUGGCACACCGUGGCCCGCGACGUGUGGGACGCCGUGGGCGGCGGCGAGGACGAGGACGAGGAGGAGGAGGAGGAGGAGGAAGGAGGGGGCGAGCGCGGCAGCGAGGUGGAGGGGCUGCGGCUGCACCUGGAGCGGCUGGCGGGGGUCCUGCGCGAGGUGCGGCGGCAGAGCAGCGCCAAGGAGGAGCAGCUGCGCGCCCUGCGGCGCCGCCUGGGCCGCAUGGAGCGCGCCGUGCCGCUGCCUGCCGUGAGAGAGCCCCAGGGGGACCCAAAGAACCCAGAGAACCCAAAAGAACGGGGUCUGCCCGGCCCACAGAGCCCCACCCUGGGGUCUGCCUGAUCCCCAGCCCCCAGA